AUUGUCCGGCGUCUCGUUCACCCACGCGGUUCAAGAUCAAACAUGGCGGAAGACGAAGUCGAUAUGUCGCUAGACGACAUUAUAAAGAAGAAUAAACAGUCUUCUAGAGGUAGAAGAGGAGGUGGUGGUGCUGGAGGAAGACGGCGAGGUGGUGGCGGCGGCGGGGGAGCUAUGAGACGCGGACGAGGAAGAUCAAAUCGGUCAAAUCCUUACACUCGACCUCAAGAUGUCCCGGAUAGGUGGCAGCAUGAUAAAUUCGAAGAUGGUGGCUUUUCUGGUGGAGGACGACGGAGUUUUGGCGGUGGCGGCUUGUCAACUGGAAGCAAGCUCAGCAUAUCAAACCUCGACUUCGGAGUUUCAGACUCUGACAUUACGGAGUUAUUUAGUGAAUUUGGCAAGUUAAAGAAAUCAUGUGUUCAUUAUGAUGUAUCUGGAAGAUCUCUCGGCACAGCAGAAGUAGUGUUCUUCCGCAAACAAGAUGCACAGAAAGCUUUACAACAGUAUAAUGGUGUACCAUUGGAUGGYCGUGCCAUGAAAAUUGAAUUAGUGGUGGCUGAAAGGGCUACAGGGGGAGGUUUUAGUGGUAGGUCUGAAAGAAGAAGUGGUGGUGGAGGAGGAGGAGGAGGAGGAGGGGGAAGAGGACAAAGAAGAGGUCGUGGAAGAGGGCGUGGACGUGGACGAGGUGGAGGUGGAGGGGGAUACAAACAGAAUAACAAGACAGCUGAGGAGCUGGAUGCUGAGUUGGAUGCAUAUCGUGAUGGCGAUGUAGAUAUGGAUGAUUAGCCAUCACUGUAUUGACGACAACCUCCAUGUAUCAAAGGCUACUGUGUGCUACAGGACACCUAGCUAUACCAACUAUGUACCCUGGCAAGAAUUAUAUUGUUUUUAUUACUUUCUGCCUUUUAUUUUGACAUUAAGCAGCUAUUCAACCAUGACAUAUCAACGUUUUGUUAUUGAUUUUACAGUGUCACCUUGUACACUGUUUUCUGUAGACAAUGCCAUGUUUUGGUCAGAUUUUUAAAAGUAAAUUGCAUAAGUUCUUGCAUAGCCUGUAUUUUGCUGUUUGCAAGAAAUAUCUAUUUCAAGUAUCGAUCUUAGGCCUAUAGGUUAUCUGGGAUAUUUAACUAAAUCGGUGAUGCUACAUCACAACAGUUACUAAAUAUCAGUACUAUAUCAAAGCAUUGUUUUUGCCAUUUAGAAAAUACUCAUUAGAGUAUUGGUCUAGGAUUAACAUAGUUGAAGUAGGUUACAUACAAUGUUUUUAAGCUUGAAAUAUUUAGCCUGGUUUUCACUACACUGUAAGCAUAAAGGUGAAAGGCGAUAGAUAUUUUGUCUUUAGUGAGCUAAUGCAUGGUCUUAUGUUUAUUGCUCUGCUUAUGCUUAUGCUUAUUUCUUUCUUUUGUUGUUAACUUACAUUUAUGGUAUAGUAAAAGCCAGGCUUAAGUAACCAACAAUAGCAAAGGUAAAAGGCACAUUGACAGAGAAACCUCUGUUUCUUUACUACUUUACUGUCUUCACAUUGAUGAUUCUUUGUAACUGUUUAUGCUCAUAACAUUACAAAAAYGUGCACCUGCAUUUGCCUUUUUCAUGUGGCUGUCACCCAAAAGAAUUGUUAAAAUGGCUGGCCACAAAAGACUGUGARAAGUGUUGAAAAUGACCAUUUACAAAGUGACUUAUUGUUGACAGUGAUUAUAGCCUGUUUACCUGAAGGCUAUACCUCAGUAGAACAGAGCUUUUUAAAAGUGAAUUAGUUUUUAUACUUCUAGAUAUCUUUGUUUAUAUAAUCUAUACAUUUUGCACAUAUGCUCACUAGUUUAUACUAUGGAUUAUAUGUACUAUUAAGUGUUGAUUUUGUUCAAUAAUAAACUGUAAAUGCCAAACUCUU